CUGGCUGUCUUUUUUACUAAUAGUGGCCAUUAUUGAGCCACAACAGGAAAGUGAAGAAGAGAAUGUCAGGGUGAACUCAGUCAUGUUAGCCAAUGUGCUCGAUGUCUUGAGAUCGGAUCCGGCUUCACGGCUCACCCAUGUCACACUCCAAACUGGCACCAAACACUACAUGGGUCCAAUCUUUGAUCCGAACCAUUCUUGCCAUCUCAAAUCCCACGACCCACCUUUCCAUGAAGAUUUGCCCCGCUUACCAUACCCAAAUUUUUACUACGCCUUGGAAGACCUAGUUGCCUCAUACUCGCCUUCGUUUUCAUAUUCUGUGCAUCGUUCCUCAAUCAUAAUCGGCGCGUCUUCAAGAAGUGUUUACAACGCGCUACUUACACUCGCUGUUUAUGCAACAGUCUGUCGACACGAGGGCUUACCAUUUCGAUAUCCGGGUACCCGAUACACAUGGGAGCAUUUUUGUGACAUUUCAGAUGCGCGUGUGCUAGCGGAGCAACAAAUAUGGGCUGCAGUUACACCUCAUGCCAAGAAUCAAGCAUUUAAUUGCACAAAUGGUGAUGUAUUCACAUGGAAGAGCUUGUGGAAGGUGUUGUGCGAUGUAUUUGAGGUUGAAUUCGUGGCAUUUGAUGAGAAUGAGGAAUUUGAUUUUGUGGGGAUGAUGCAAGAGAAAGGAAAAAUAUGGGAUGAAAUUGUGGAGAAACAUGGGCUAUACAAGACCAAAUUGGAAGAUAUUACUUGUUCUGCUGCCCUUAACCAUGUGUUGCAUUUUGGGUUUCAACAUGUUUGUAGCAUGAACAAAAGUCGUGAGUAUGGAUUCUUUGGCUACGCAAAUACCCUCAAGAGUUUGGGGAUGUGGGUGGGUAGAUUGAGAAAAAUGAAUAUUAUUCCUUGAUUAAGUAUGAAGUUUUAUGUUUGGUGCUAAAUAAACUUAUACCCUCAAGAGUUUGGGGAUGUGGGUGGGUAGAUUGAGAAAAAUGAAUACUAUUCCUUGAUUAAGUAUGAAGUUCCUGUUUGAUGCUAAAUAAACUUCAUGUUUAUUA